AUGACCAAAGGCGAGCGCCAGUACCCCAUUGCGCCCAGCAUCACCGCACUCCUGCUGAGAUGGACACAUUCGCAACUAUUUCGCACCCCCGCAUACCCAACCCAAUCCUUUGCAGGGCAAACAAUUAUCGUGACGGGCUCUAAUAUCGGACUGGGCCUCGAGGCGUCACGGCACUUUUACCGCCUCGGCUGCGCCAGGCUGAUUCUCGCGGUGCGGUCCACGGCCAAGGGCGAGGCGGCCAAGGAGGACAUCCUGGCCAGCGUGACGGCGCGAACCGAUGGCGACACGGCCGUCGAGGUCUGGGAGCUCGAUAUGAGCAGCACGGCAUCCAUCUUGAAAUUUGCAGAGAGAGUCAGACAGGAUAUUGACCGACUCGACGUCCUCGUUCUUGGCGCCGGUGUGUCUCUGCGCUCGUGGUCCACCGUGCAGGACGUCGACGGGGUCUGGGAGACGGUCGUGCAGGUCAAUGUGAUCAACACGUUUCUUCUCGCUCUUGAGCUACUGCCAAAGUUGCGCGGCGGAGGAAGAAGUGAGGAUGCCGGCGGCGAGAAUCGCCAUGUCCCGCGCUUGGUCGUUGUCAGUUCCGAAGCUCACCGCCUGACCAAAUUUGUCGAGAUUGAGGAGGACGACAUUUACGCAACACUGUCGCAGGAGAAACAUUACAAUGUGAAUGACAGGUACGCCGUCACUAAGCUCAUGGAAGUCCUCUUUGUACGAGAGCUGGUAGCUCGCCUCAGGGCAGUAGAUGGGUCUCACCCACCCGUGAUCAUCAACCUCGUCAACCCUGGAACCUGCAUUUCCGCCCUUAAUCGCUACAUCAACCCUCCAUUGGCCGGUCGGAUUGGCAUCAAGGUACUAGAAGUCCUGUUCAUGCGAACAACCGAGGUCGGCGGCCGCACAUAUGUGUACAGUGCGGCGGCUGGACCCGAAUAUCAUGGCGAAUUCAUGAGCGACGGAGAACUUCAGCAUGUUGAGUCCUGGAUAUACACUGAUGUCGGUAAGAAGACGCAGUAA